UCAGCUGCUUGAGAGUGGUCCAUUGCAGUUUCUAUAAUAUAAUUACUUUCUCUCCGAUUUACAUUGUAACAAUAACGGCAAUAAUUAUAAAAUAUCCAUUAAUUUACUUUUAAUAAUGUAGUGUUCGUACACAUAGUGGAAGAUUGCUUUAUUCUGUUUACAGUUUACAGUGCAUGGUGGUAAUAUGGCAGGGCUAAACAAGUUUUUGUUUGCUGUAUUUCUUCUUUUGAUAAGUGAAACUGUAUCACGAUCUAUAGAUGAAGAUGAUGAGAGCUUUUUGAAGAAUCCAAAGUAUAAGAAAUACGACGAGCUCGUCGGUUUCUUUGACAAAUUAGUAUCGUCGUACCCGGAACUCGCAAAAGUAUACUCAAUCGGAAAAUCCGUCGAAGGUCGCCAGCUCCUGGUGCUGCAGAUCACUGAAGACAUCCAGGGUGAGCACUCUGAGAGACCGUCAUUCAAAUAUGUAGCAAAUAUGCACGGAGACGAAUCGGUGGGAAGAGAGCUAGUGAUAUACUUAGCACAGUAUUUGCUUCUCAACUACGGCAAAAACGAACGGGUUACUAAGCUUCUCAAUAGCACUGAUAUACAUCUUAUGCCGUCUCUGAAUCCAGAUGGAUUUGAAGCUAGCAAGGAAGGUGAAUGUGAAUCUCUGAGUGAAUAUAAAGGAAGGAGUAACGCUAAGGGUGUGGACUUAAAUCGUGACUUCCCCGACCAGUUUGAUAAGAACAAGUCCAAUGAUGAUGAGUACCUGUUCAGUGGACGACAGCCGGAGACAGUGGCGCUGAUGAAAUGGGUUCUCUCCAAGCAGUUUACGCUAUCAGGAAACUUGCAUGGUGGAGCUAUUGUAGCCAGCUACCCCUAUGAUGAUUUAAGCGGCGACAAAGACUGCUGCGAGGAGAGCCGCACGCCCGACGACGCGCUGUUCAAGCACCUCGCGAGCGUGUACGCGUCCAACAAUGACCUCAUGCAUCGCGGCGACGCCUGCAAGCCAGAGAAGUUUGUCGAUGGACUCACUAAUGGCGCCUUCUGGUAUUCCGUCAAAGGUGGUAUGCAGGACUUCAACUACCUCCACUCCAACUGCUUCGAGGUGACGUUCGAGCUGUCCUGCUGCAAGUAUCCCAAGGCCGAGGAGCUGCCGACCUUCUGGCACCAGAACAAGGAGUCGCUGAUAGCGUUCAUGGAGCAGACCAACAUCGGUAUACAGGGAACUGUUGUGGAUGAAAACGGGGAGCCUGUUAAGAACGCUCAAAUAAUGAUCGAAGGCAUAGGCCACGCAGUGAAGACGACUCAUCAUGGAUAUUUCUGGCGGAUGUUGCUACCCGGACAAUACAAUAUCACCGCUGCUGCUGCUGGUUACGAGACGCCACUAUAUACGCCGGUGACGGUGCGUGCGGACCGCGCGUCGCGACUCACGCUCACCGUGCGUCCGCACCCGCGCCCGCGCCCGCUCAGCGACGAGCGUAACAGGGGACCGCGCGACAUUGACGGUCUGUCCCCGCCAGACUUCGUCCACCACAACUACCUGAUGAUGGAGAGGUUCCUCAAGGACAUCAACGCGCAGUACCCCAACAUCACCAGGCUGACCAGCAUCGGCAAGUCCGUCCAGGGUCGGGAGCUGUACGUGCUGGAGGUGACCAAGGAUCCGGGGAGACAUAUCCCAGGCAAGCCGGAAUUCAAAUACGUGGCCAACAUGCACGGUAACGAAGUGGUGGGGCGCGAGAUGCUGCUCCUCCUCGCCAAGUACCUCUGCCAGCAGUACUACGGUGGAGACGAGAGAGUCCAGCGAAUACUGAACACGACCAGAGUACAUAUCAUGCCGAGUAUGAACCCGGAUGGCUAUGAGAAAUCUAAACUGGGUGACUUCCAGAGCGUCCGCGGCAGACCUAACGCCCACAACAUCGACCUCAACCGCAACUUCCCCGACCAGUAUGGACCCACCGUGGACAACACAGUCCAGGAGCCAGAGACGGAGGCGGUAAUGGCGUGGUCGUCACGCAUCCCUUUCGUGCUGUCCGCCAACCUGCACGGCGGCGCGCUCGUCGCCAACUACCCGUACGACGGCGACGCCGACAUGAGCGGCGGCCGCGCCAACCCCGCGCCUGACAACGACGUGUUCGUGCACCUGGCGCACGUGUACGCCGAGGCACAUCACAGAAUGCAUCUGGGUCAACCGUGUAAGAACACUCCGAACGAGAGAUUCCCAGGGGGGAUCACGAAUGGUGCUAAGUGGUACGCUUUAGCAGGCGGCAUGCAGGACUGGAGCUACCUGCACACGAGCGACAUGGAGCUGACGCUGGAGCUGGGCUGCCACAAGUUCCCGCCCGCCGCCGACCUGCCCACCUACUGGGAGGACAAUAAAGAGGCGUUGUUGGAGUUUAUGGAACAGAUUCACACGGGUGUGACUGGCUUCGUGCACAGCCACAUCGGACACCCGCUAGCCGGGGCCACGAUCACGGUGGGCGGCAUCUCGCACGCCGUCCGCAGCGCCGCCGACGGCGACUACUGGCGCCUGCUCCGCCCCGGCACCUACAACGUCACCGCCGGCAAGACCGGGUACGAGAGCAUAACGGAGGAGGUGACCGUCCCGGCCAACGGCACGGUAUCGCUCAACUUCACGCUGAUGCCCGACGAUCCGCAGCACUGGUCCUCCGCUUACGACUUCCGCGUUCUGGACAACAUCAUGUACACGGCGUACCACAAGCCAUUGGAACUGUACGCGAAGUUGGCGGAGCUGGAGAACAAGUUCGGAGACAUCGCCGAGUUCCGAGCUGGCGACAGUCUCAAUACAGCGCUGCUGCAUGAACUCAAACUAACGGCUGAUGCAGGUGGUCCAGAAGAAACGAAAUUCCACGUGGCACUCAUAAGCAACCUCUACGCGUCUCAGCCUCUAGGCCAAGAGAUGUUGCUAAACUAUGCGCGUCAUCUUGCCACCGCCUACCACAUCGGCGAACCCAUACAUAAGCGGAUGCUCAACAACUCUGUCAUACACUUCAUCCCCAACCUCGAUCCACUUACCAUGAAGAUACUAAGAAACUACGAUCAUACAGACAAGUGUGAUGUGACGCCAAUCGAGGAAGAAUUCGGCGACAGCCUCUACAACUAUCUUGCUAAUAAAAACCUUAAUCCGCUCUCGAAUUACACCAGAGAGAAGGCAUUCGCUAGGCUUCUAGAGGUGGAAAGAUUCGAUCUGGUCAUAGAGCUAGCAUCAGGCACAGAAGGCGUUUCGUAUCCGGAGUCAGCGAAGAUAUACGAGCAGUACGCUCAGAUGUUCCAAGAGCAUAGGACGCCAGGGGAUAUAGUUUGCCAGAAGAAGGAUGAUGUGGUCCAUGGUGACCUCAUAGACCUCAUAUAUGAGAGGUACAACGUGCCUAUACUGUCCCUGGGCCUGGACUGCUGUAAGAUGCCCAAAGACGAGGACAUAGCUUGGGUCUGGAGACACAACCUGGCUGGGAUCAUGAAGGUCGUGAGGAGUGUAAACACUGGUGUUGUCGGCUUCGUACGCAACGAGGAGGGCGGGCCCCUGCGUGCCGCCAUGGUCGCCGUGGAGGGCUCCGGCCGGCAGCUGCGCGUCACGCCCAACCAGGCUCACUAUCGCGCGCUGCUGCCGCCCGGCACCUAUAGGCUGCUGGUGCGCGCGCGCAACUACCACGACCAGACGCUGACGGUGGUGGUAGUGGAUGGAGUGAUCAAGCAGAAGGACGUGGUGCUGCGGCGGAUCAACGCCGACCAGAUCCCCGGGGGGCAGUUCGAGGAGCCUCCCCUGCCUAAGGACCCCAAUACUGUAUAUAUCACAGGUCUAGCGUUAGACUACAACAGCGUGCCGGUAAACGCGCGCGUGUCGGCGGCGCCGCUGCGGGCGCUGCACGCGGUGGUCAGCAACACGACGGACGCGCGCGGCCGGUGGGUGCUCGCGCUGCCUGUCACCUACUCCGGCCGGGAGGUCGUGCUCAGCGUGGCCGGCGAUGGCUACGUCACACGGACUAAGCACGUCAAGCUGACGGGCAGCGUGACGGCAAACCAGAUUAUAAAGCUGGAGAAAGAUGACGAUGUGAUGGGUCUGCCGAGACUUGUAUUCGUCAUGUUAGCUGGUGUAGUGGGCGUGGGUCUGGUGGCGCUGGCGGCGUGCUGCUUCGACUGCCGGCGGCGCGCGCGCGACUCGCGCCAGGACUACCUGUUCUCGCCCCUGCCCGCUGAUGAUAAGCGCCCGCUUGUGCCUGAUGAAGACAUAGCCGACAUAGUCCGCAAACCGUACUACGAUGAAGAGGAGCUUCCGCCGUCGGAGACCGACUCGGAGGAGGACAUAGUGCUGUUACGCUCCGGCCGCGACUGGCAGGCGAACGAGCAAGAUUAGACCUUGAUAUAACGGUAUACGUAUCAAAAUCCCGUGAUCUGAGAAGCGCAUGAUUCUAACUAAGCAAUAAGUAACAAUCUAUUGUGAUACAAUUAUGGGAAGACUAAUCUAAAACAGAUGUAUAACUAUACCAUUUGCUUCCAUAAAAAAAUUAAAAUCCAUAGACAAGAUUUUGUUUUUUAUCUCGCGCGGUAAUUCAUACUCAAAGUAUUUUGCAUAUCUAUCCCAGUGAUAGCAAUAAUAAGUUAAGCGUAGUCACAUUUUGUCAUAUUUAUAGCUUGUCAAGAAAGUGAAGAAAUUAAAAAGUGGCAGCAUCGUAGU